AUGACCGACGCAGCUGCGAAACCGGAGAAGGGGGAUAACAGCUAUGACGUUGCAAUUGUUGGGGCUGGAAUAAUCGGUUGCUCUCUUGCGUUCGCGCUCGGGGAGCAGGGAAGGAGGGUGCUAUUGCUUGAGAGGGACCUUUCGGAACCCGACAGAAUCGUUGGAGAACUCUUGCAACCUGGCGGCGUUCAGGCACUUGAGAAACUAGGGUUAAGAGAUUGCUUAGAGGGUAUCGAUGCAAUUCCGGUUUAUGGGUAUCAGUGCAUUUACCAUGGGGAGGGGGUUACCAUACCCUACCCCCGAGACCCAGACGGGAGGGCACCAGAAGGUCGGUCGUUUCAUCAUGGGAAGUUCAUCAUGAAUUUGCGAGAAGCGGCGGGGAAUGCACCCAAUGUCACAAUCGUGGAAACAACUGCUCGGGAGAUCAUCAAGGACGAAAGCUCGGGUCAGGUACUGGGGGUUAUUUGCAAGAAAAAGGGAUUCGAUGAGUUGGACUAUUACUUCGCUUCACUUACAGUUUCUGCCGACGGAUAUGCCUCAAAUUUCCGGAAAAGGUGUAUCGACCGGAAACCUCAAGUCCGGUCCCACUUCUUUGCCCUUAAAUUGAAAGACGCAAAACUUCCUUCCCCUGGAUAUGGCCAUGUUGUCAUGGGAAACAACCCCCCGGUCCUCCUCUAUCAGAUUGGCACCCAUGAUACUCGAGCUUUGAUAGAUGUGCCUCGAGCUCCUUCGGCUGCUUCGGGUGGUAUUAGAGGGCACCUCAUGAAUGUUGUGCUGCCCGACCUGCCGGAAUGUAUUCAGCCUUCGUUUAAAGAGGCUCUCAAGGCGGACCGAUUCCCUUCUAUGCCCAACUCGUUCCUUCCAGCUUCUACCAAUACCACCCCCGGAAUGAUGCUGCUUGGUGACGCCAUGAACAUGAGACACCCACUAACCGGUGGAGGAAUGACUGUUGCGUUUAAUGACGUGGUCUUGAUCAGCGAUCUUCUGAGCCCAGAGAAUAUACCGGAUCUUGCUGACACUGACUUGGUUCUCGCGCAAUUAUCAAGAUUUCAUUGGGAGAGGAAAUCGCUGACUUCUGUUAUCAACAUAUUGGCGCAAGCAUUGUACGCUUUAUUUGCUGCCAAUGACAAUAAAUUACGGACACUGCAAAAGGGAUGUUUUAAGUAUUUCCAACGGGGAGGACAAUGCAUAGAUGGGCCUGUUGGCCUAUUAGCUGGUAUCACCCGCCAGCCAAUGGUACUAUUCUUCCACUUUUUUGCCGUCGCCUUCUAUUCUAUCUACAUCCUGUUUGCGUCACUCUCACCCGCCAACUGGCCGGUCGCAUUCAUCAAUUCGUUUGGAGUCUUUUACAAGGCUUGUGUCGUCAUAUUCCCAUACAUAUUUUCUGAAGCCAAGUCCUGAUUCUCGGUAUUCGGGUCUUGUCUUUCUUUAAUAAGGUUUCUUGCAAUACAGCGUUGCAUUCUGGGCUCGGUUUUUCUUAUUCUUAUUUUCCUGGUGUUCGAGGGGAAGUGGAUGAUGGUGAUUAGGAUACGGCCCAAGAUGGCCAGCGUAAUUAAUACUGAUGUUGAUAGAUGA